UUGACGGAGAGAGAGAGAGACCAAUGGAAGCGUUGGAAUGGAUUGGCUCGCUAUGAUUGGCGGAGUGAGAGACCAAUAGAAGCAGGGGAAUGGAUUGGCUCGCAAUGAUUGGUGAAGGAAUGGACCAAUGGAAGCGGGGGAGUGGAUUGGCUCGCAAUGAUUGGCGGAGUGAGGGAGGAAGGGCAGGUGACGGUUGGAGCGAGCGACGGAGGCGGCGCGCGAAGGGAAAAUGGCGGCGUCCUUCGGAGCCAGCAGUGGCGGAGGCGUCGGGGGCGCCUGCCAGCACCACGCGCAGAGGGCCGUGUGUGCCUCCCGCGCCAAGUAUCGCGAGGGUCGGAGGCCCCGCGCAGUGAAGGUGUCCCAGCCUUGGGUGUUAUGAAAGAAUUGGUUGAGCAAUUUGCUUUGUAUGGCACCAUUGAAGAAUAUAAUCCAUUGGAUGACUAUCCAGCAGAAGAAUUUACAGAGGUUUACCUGAUCAAGUUCCAAAAAAUACAGAGUGCAAGGGUAGCUAAAAGAAAGCUGGAUGAACGGAGUUUCUUUGGCAGUUUGCUGCAUGUAUGUUAUGCUCCAGAAUUUGAGAGUAUACAGGAAACUAGAGAGAAAUUACAAGACAGAAGGAAAUAUAUAGCAAAGGCAACUAGUAACAAAGAGCAAUUGCUGGUGAAAAAACAGGUGUCUAAUGCAAGUUUUCAAAAGAGUCCUCACCUAGACAUAUCUGGAUCUUAUACUUCUGAGGCAUCCACUAGUAACCAGAAUCCACUUACAUAUGUUCAUGAUCCUUGUCAAUCAUCAUGCUAUGAACUGUCAGUUCAUAGUGUAGCAGCUCCUUCAAGAGGACACUGUAAUAGUGCAUUAAUAGGACCUCAGCAUUUUCCUGUCUGUGCUCAAACAAUGGAAUAUUUCACCCAGAGCUCAACAAUGACUCAAGGUCUGCAGGAACAAAUACAUAACAUAUCAGCCUGCUCCAACAUGCAAAGAAAGCCACCUUGUGAUAAUGGACUUGGCAGAUUCAUGCCCCGAACUACUCAGCUGCAAGAGCGAAAGAGGAGACGAGAUGAAGAUAACAAACUUGCCCUUCUUGGAAGAAUCACUGAUAGUGAAGAAAUAAUUAUUGGCCCAAGGCUACCAGAAACACCUAAAAUAGACUUGGAAGAUGAUUCAUUGAACACCUCAGCAAACUUAAUUCGAAAUAGACUAAAGGAGGUUACAGUUCCUGUUCAGACUCCAAAACUAUCUGAAGGGAUACCCAUAAAUAGUCAAACAAAUCCGGCUAUGAAGCAAAGAAGACGAAUAUAAAUAUGUGUUGUAUAUUCUGUGUAUUUAACUUAAAACAGAUAAGUGUUUGCUCCUUACAAAACAGUGUAGUAUGUCUUGAUCUGAAAAUAUUGAUAUAUUUUUGUACAUGUUUAAUAAAUUAUCAAUUAUACUGUAAUUUGAUAACUAAA